UAACAUCAUGUGCAAGCAUCUAUCGGCUACAGUGAAGCCGUGUUCGGGAGUGAUUUGAAAUGGCGUCGGUCGAUAUACUGUAAGGACUAGCAAUAUACUGUAAGGACGAGCUAGAUUGCUUUUCUCGAUGUUCGCAACGGGAGGGGUACAUCAAGGCUUGUCCGAAACAAGAAACGAAAUCAUUUUCAAGGGUCUUCUGUUCGAAAAAAUCACUGAACAGUUCAGCUGACAAGAUCCAGAUGGAGCCCGUCAUGGAGAAAAUAAAGUCCAAAAGUUAUCGUCGAGAUGUUAUAGAUACGUUCUUCACGUAUGUUGACAGGGAUCUCUUCAUUUGCAAACUGUUCUACUUCUUCUUCUUUGCCGCGUUCGGCUCCCUGUACCCGCUACUUGCGAUCUACUUCAAGCAGCUGGGCAUGAACGCCACGCAGAGCGGUCUGCUGAUUGGUUUCAGGCCUUUUAUCGAGUUCUGCAGCGCUCCUUUCUGGGGAGGCGUCGCCGACAGGUGGCGGAAGUGGCGUUUGCUGCAGUUGUGUUCGGUCGGGAGCUGGGUCGUCUUCACAUUGGCGAUGGCGUUCGUUAAACCUCCACACGUGUUUUGCUUCGGCGAGAACAACGUUACCGAAACGGAUAUAAUCAACUACAAGCGAGAUUUAAUUAAGCCCGCGUAUAGCUCGGUGUAUUACGAACGGGAAGCUGUUAAAGAUGCGUUCUUCGCUCUGUUACUGAUCGUCGUCAUAGGGGAAUUCUUCAGCGCUCCAGCAAUCACGUUCGCAGAUACGGUGACCCUUUCUUACCUCGGGGAAGACACGGAUAACUACGGGCGUCAGAGGAUGUUCGGGUCACUCGGAUGGGGUCUAAGUAUGUUCUUCGUAAGCAUAGCCCUGGAUGGGGCAACCACCUUCCCCGGUCACCCCUGCGAGACCCAACACAAGCGCGAGAAGGACUACCUUUUAUGCUUUGCCGUGUUCUCAGUAUUCAUGUCAUGCGCUGGUAUAACAGCGUUUCAGUUCAAAUUUCCGGGUCAGGACACGGACAUCUCUUGCUGGCCCGAUGUCGUGGUGCGAAUAAAAGACAAAAUAGUAUCGAUCAUACUUGGUCAUAAAUCAGUCGAGAGGGAAAAGCUAGUUGAAGAGGACGAUGAAUUUAGAUUUGGACAACCUAAAAAUGUCGAUCCGGUACAAACAGAGAAACACGACGUUGUAGGACAGAAUGGUAAAGAAUUACAUAUUUCAUUGAAUUCUAAGCAAGACAUGGUAACAGAUGUGGUGAACAGUCCGGGAGCCACCGCUGCCGCGACUCAAAAACCUUUUGACCCAGAUGACCCAUUUUUGGGUCGCUGGACGGCCGUGAUCCGGAUGCUGGCCGAGGCCAAGUUCAUCUCGGUCCUCGUCGUGAUCUGGUUUAUGGGGUUCGGUAUCGGACUGAUCUUCACCUUCCUGUUCUGGCACCUGCAGGACCUCGGUGGGAGCCCGACCCUCUUCGGUGUCGCCUCAAUCAUCAACCACGGCUCAGAACUGCUGGCAUAUUUCUUGAGCUCUCGGUUCAUUGCUUCAUUUGGGCAUAUAAUGGUGUUGUAUAUGGGCCUAAUUGGAAAUAUCGUCCGAUUCAUCUACAUUUCCUGCCUCAACAGCCCGUGGAUGGUGUUGCCCUUUGAACUUGUACAAGGCUUGACGCACGCAGCUGUGUGGGCGACGACGUGUUCAUAUAUCAUGCAAGCGAUCCCAGGAGACCUAAGGUCCUCGGCACAGGGUAUUCUACAGGGGCUUCAUCACGGACUAGGGCGGGGCUGCGGGGCCGUCUUUGGGGGAAUGCUCGUGUACAGCUUCGGUACGCGGAUAACCUUCCGAGCAUACGGGAUAUCGUGUAUCUUCGUGCUGGCUGCGUUCUUUGGUCUCAAUAUGUAUCUUAAGCGAAGAGGCGUUGCCAAAGAAAGUCACGUGCCUCACGAGACCCUCCACGAUACCCCCCUCUCGUUUAACCCUCACGGUGUCCCAUCCGGCAGCGCACGAGAGCUGUCGAGCAGUAAGCUCAAGCAACAAGAUGACCAAAACACGUCAUACGGUUCAAUACUUGGAACAGACUUGAAAACGAAAGAAGGUACAGUUCCUUCGUCCGACCCUGCGGAUGACUUUAACCCCCGAGCAGACGCCGUUUACGGUUACGACGCCCGGGAAGAGAGGCUUAGGUCGGGAACCAGGAAAGACAAUAGAUCAGCUGACAUCAACAACGGUGAUAAGAGACCUCAGACUCGCGGCGUCUCAGACGAUGUCGACGGCUUCGGGUUCCGGAAACGGCCGUCAGAUGACGAACAGCCAUUAUACACCGCGUUUGAUGGGCACGAUGAGAAACGAGAUGACGUUCCGGUGCGGGCGUCGGAUACCCGGACUUAUGACGCCCCGCGCAGGCGCAGUCUGGACCACACCGAGCCUAGACCGGAAAGACGUGAACGGCGGCGCCGUCAAAGCGGUGACGCGGAGGGCCUAAGGGAAAGAAAUGAUCCUGUGGGAGAUAGAGAUUACAGUGACUCGCGUCGUCAUGGCGGCGAGUCACGUGACGCGAGACACCACGUUAAAGAAACGCGUAGGCAUGCUCGCCAUGGCAACACAAGGCGAUCCACAGAGACCUUUCAGGAUUUGGAUCCAAGUCCACGGGAGAAAAUUGUGUUUGAACAAUUACCAGAUAUUACGUCACGUGUGCAGCAUCGCGAUCGCCAGUCGCGUGAUGGCGAGUAUGACGACGCGUAUAGACAAUACUGACGUCAGCGCUUUUGACAUAGGUGUAUAUUUAAUGAUUGUUAUAUUUUAGAGUUAAACUACUGUUAGUUAGUUCCUGUUUAAAGUGUGUUGAUCAUAUAGUCACAAUUUGUGCGCGACUGUUCACCUGAAAAACGUUUAUAUGCUUUACAUUGUAAAUUAAUAUAGCGUUAAGUUUAAAAAAAAAUUAGUAUUAGUUAAAGGGAAGAUUGUUAAGUUUAUAAUGGCUACCCUUGGCUAUUCCUGAUUUUAAAACGAAUUUUGGAAAAAAAAAUCGUAGUUUUUGCAAUUAAAUUACUUAAUUUCUGAAUCCGAACAAUAUGAUUUUGGCAAUACUAUAUCUGCAGUAUUUAUGUAAAAAAAUGUAAAAAAAACUUUUUGAAAGUACAGUUUGUGCAGGCUUGAUACCAAUGAGAGGAUUUUGUUCAACAAACUUUUGAUAAUAAAGGAGACAAUUUCACACCAUUGUAUGACUGUCGAUAUGCAGGAAAAACCUCACCUGUACAGUGAACACAACCAAAGUCUUAUACUCCUGAACAAAUAUUCAUACGUUCUUGCUGUA